AUGAGCAGCGCGGAGCCGCCGCCGCUCGGUGCCGGGCCGCGGGCGCAGCCCGCCUGGAAGAGGGAGAUCCUGGAGCGGAAGCGGGCCAAGCUGGCCGGAGCGGCCGCCGGAGAGACGGAGUCCGCGGCGGCGGCGGUUCGGGGCCCGGCGGGGACGGGCGAGCGGCUGGUGGUGGCCGAGAGCUUGGGCCCGCUCCGAGAGAACCCCUUCAUGCGGCUGGAGAGCGAGCGGCGGCGGCUGCGGCGGGGGCUGCCCGGGCACGGCCCCGAGGCGGCGCGGCCGCUGCAGCAGCUGCUGGAGCUGUACAGCGCCGUGCCGGGCAUCCGCACCAUCCGCGCCGACAACAUCCUCAUCAUCGAGUCGCAGCCCGACGCCGCCGCCUGCUUCGCCGACGGGGAAGCGCCGUCCGGGCGCCGCCGCGAUCCCCCCGCCGCGUCCCCUCCGCGCCGUCCCGACCCGCUGCGGGAGCUGCUGGCCCGCCGGGGAGCGGCCGUCGCCGAGAUCCGCGCCGACCAGGUCCUCAUCUACGAGGCGGCCGAAGCGCAGGAGCCUCUCGAGGCCGCCGAGCCGGGCACCGUCAGCCGCCUCCUGGAGAAGUUCGGCCAGCGACCGCGGGGCCGCCGUCGCCGGGGCGGGGAAGCGCCGGCCGGGGCCGCUCCCCCUCCGGCGGCUCCGGGCUCCCCGCGCUCCUCGGCUCCCCCCAAAGCGGCGCCGACCUCCCCCCGCCCCUCGGUCCCGAAGGCCGCCCCGACCUCCCCCCGCGCCGCUUCUCCCCGCGCUGCGGCCCCCCGACCGCUGCCGCCCCCCCUCCCCCGGCCGGCUGCCCCCCAGCCCGCGGGUACCCAGGCGGUCCCGGUGUCCCCCAGGGCUGCGACCCCACCGGCAGUCCCCAUCUCUCCCCCCGCCCCCAUGGCUGCGCCCAAAGCCGCAGUUCCCCAGGCCAACUGCUUCCUCCACAAGAUCGGCUCCAACUCCUUCACUGUGGCCCCCCGGGGCCUGCCCCCCCCCAGCCGCGUCCCCCACCGUGUCCCCCAGUCUCCCCCCAGCCGCGUCCCCCAGCCCACCACCCGGAGCGUGCCGCCCAAAGGGCCGCCAGUGCCAUCCACCAGCGCUGCCAAUGCCAGGAGGCCAAAGCCGGAGGAGGUUGAAGUGGCUGCAUCACCCCCGCCCAGUGCCAGUCUGGCCCCCGGUGCCACCCAGCCUCUCUCUGCGUUUGCCCCUCGGGCCGGGGGCUCCUUUGAGAUCCACCCGGCCCCCAGGCCUGACCUGGCUGCCAUCCCUGCUCACGACCUGCAGGCGCAGGCCUUGGCCAAGCUGCGCCUGAAUUCACGCAACUCCUUCCUCUUUGUGCCCCGCCGGGAGGGUGGCACAGCUCUGCCUGCUGCCCAGAGCCAUGCAACGGGACCAUCACCACCACCAUCCCCGCAGCAGAAAGUACAGAAGGAGCCCCCACGGGUUUCCGCUCCGGAGCAGGAAGAGCCGAUCGCUUCCCCGCCGGCGCCUCUGGAUCCGUCGGUACCUGUGACUUACAUUGAUGACAUUGUGGAGCCGGACAGCGGGGAGCUCUCCCCGAGGGCUGUGAGGACAGAGAACUUGGAUCAGCCCAGAGGAAGCGGCCCCGAGCUGGAGAUGGAGAUUUCCUCUGUGCCCCUCUACAGACCACACUCCCCCGGGCUCCAUCAGACGGGAGGUAACACCUUCACUGUGGUGCCCAAAAGGAAGCCCGGUGCCUCGGGGCCGCAGGGUCUUACUGAGGCUGGUGGGAGGCCUCAGCAGGAGGAAGAGGAGGAGGAUGAGGAAAGCAAAGGAAGAAGCAAAGCUGUAGAGAACGCUGAUGGGCCCCAGGUGGGGACAUCCCAUAAAAAGCGCUACCCCACGGUGAACGAGAUCGAAGUGAUCGGCGGGUAUCUGUCCCUGGAGAGGUCCUGCAUGAGCAAGACGGGCUCCCGCCGCAAGAAGAUGAAGAUCUCUUUCAAUGAGACGAGUUUGCAGACCAUGUUUGAGUAUCCAUCCGAGAACUCACUGGUGGAAGAGGAGGAGGAGGAAGGACACACUUCUGAAACAGAGGAGGACAAAUCUCACACCUUUCACAUUCCACGCCCGAACAGCACUUUGCAUCCCAAUGCAGCUAACGCAGCAGAUCUAUCCAGCUACACCCCAAAGCACUCUGUGAAGUUCAGCAAGUGGCAAGAGCAGAAGUAUGAGGAGAUGCCUGCUAAGGGACCCCUCCUGAAGGAAGCUGAUUCCCAUGGGAACCAAGUUAUGCUCACCCCAGCUGAGAAGGGCGGACUCUCUGACUUCAGCAGCGAGCCUGCGCUGUACUUCUGAUUGCUCCAUCUGUGAGCCUGCAGCAGCAGCUGCUGGGCAGAGCCUGGCAGUGCACCGUGGAAACCAACACCUGGGUCCCUCCCUCAUCGCAGUCUUCACAGCGUCCUGAUGCCAAGGGUGGACUUGAUGCCAUUGGGCGUCUUUGGAGAAUAUUUGCACUGGGUUCUGGGUCCUACACAACUGGUUUUUUAAUGCGUAUGAUUUAUUCUCCUUGUGGCCUUGCAUAUUCCUUGUUCAAGAUCAGCUGUCCAUUAGGCAGGUAUCUUAAAGCAGUGUGUAAUCCCAGGAUGGAUGUAGAUUCUCUCAGUGCUUAUGACUGUGCUCAUCCAAGUGCUGAAUGAGGCCUGGACAGCAUUUUUGUAACACUUCUCUCAUGAGAGGCCCCAGUGAAGAAAGCUGUGGCAGGUGGCUGGACUCACUGCACUGGUUCUGACAGCCAGGUUACAGGGGCUGGAAGAACUGCUAAAGGUUCAUGGGUUGUUCUCAGUGUGUUUUUGGGUCUAGUUUCACCAAACUGUCAUGGAAUUUAUGUGCCAGUUAAGCACUUGUGAAGGAAGCUGAAUGCACUGUGUGGGUGAUGGGGAGGGGAAUAAAUGCCUUCAGCAUUAGGUGUCACUUUUGCACUGGCAGCAGGAAGCACCCGGUCCAGCUUGAGCCUUGUGAAGGUUCCCAAACAUUGGCCAUAGCUUUGAUCUCUCUGUAACUGCAUCUGCUCUCCAGUCUCUACUGCUAAUUGUGCUUGUUUGCCAGUUGCUCUUGUUUUGUUUUGGUAUCUAAUGGGGCCAGGCCUUAGAUUUGUGUCUUAGGUGGUGGGGAGACUUGCUUCUUGCCUUGCUCACUCUAUUUCUCUAUGCAAAGCACACGAGGGCCAUUUCACUCCUUCCUUCUACAGAACUUGAACAAGGAAUAUGAUUUUUUUUUUUUCUAGUAUUUUUAUAGUUCUGUUGUAAUUGUUUGAUGCAGCCAAUAUGCAAAGGAAUCUGCUAGACUCUUCCAUUUAAAUUUUCUACAACUGUACACUCAGGGUCAAAAUUACACUCUGGAAAAGACUGAACACUGCUGCUAAUGUGAUUUGUAUUUCUGGGAUUAAAAGAGAUGCAGUUGGAAUAGACACAGCCUCUUUGGGCUUUAUGAAAAGGGCAGUGCCCCACGCGUGGCUCCAUCUGAAGGACCAGGCUGCCAUCUUUUGGUGAUGUUUGGCUUUUGUUGGUUUGUGUGUUAUAUACAGACAAUGUCUAGCCGAGCUGACACUGAUCUACGAUCUGAAAAUGUUCUUUAUACUUUUUAACAUCUUGUACUGUGGAAAGCUCGGGCCGUGAGCUUAGGGCAGCCCCAGCUCCUGAGCUGCAGAGUAACAAAUGGGCAAGGGGUGAAGCCAGAGCUGCCUGUCCUGGCUUCGUUCUGCUGUGGGUCAAUGAGGGAUGCUGAAUAUCCUGCAGCCUGCUCUGCUGCCUUCAGCCAACUGAAGUGCUGCUGUGGGUGCUGAUCCCAGUGCAGGAGUUCUGUGCCCACCCCUUCCCUCGUGGACAGGCCCGUGGUGCUCUGCUGGGAGGGGGUGACAUUCAGCAGUUCUCUAAUAGCAAAAUGCUUCUGCAAGGAAAAUAUACUCCUGCAACACACUUUUAUUAACGGUGGCAUCCUUGUACCACAACAGCAGCUGCCCCCAACCAAGGGGCCUGGCCAGGCUGGAGAACAGCUUUAGGAAUGCUUUUGUCCACGUGUUUGUUUUGAAGUGCUUGCAGACUCACUGGCUUUGCUAGCAUUCCCAAUUUCUCCCUUCAGGGCAUCUAGCAAUGUCUGAGAACUCUCCAGAAUCUGAGAAAGAAGGAAAUAAAAACAGCUUAUGUAUUUUUUUUUUGUAUCAACUCAACAGUUCUCUCUGAGUUCAGCUGAUGUAAGGAGGGAUCCUCCACCCCUGAGAGCAAUACAAAGCUGAGAAUUUAGGUGUUCUGUCUCACUGCAGGGAUGGCUGUGCAGGAAUUUCUCUUGUUACACCCAUAUUCUGAAUUAAAAAAUCCUCAAGCCAUUUAUCUGUCUUGAACACAAAGCAGAGACCUUCCUGCAGCAGGUUGGGGAUUGAAGUUUACUUUUUGGAGCAGUAUUAAAAUUGCAGGCAGCAGACCCAAUGUUUUCCACUACUAAACCUGCACACUUCAAGUUUCUUACUUCGAUAGGUAACCCCAAAAUGACCUUAAAUGAGACUAAAUCUUGCUCCUUUAAUUCAUUUUCUUCUGUUUUUAGCACGUAUUUUAUAUAAUCUAACACUCCCACCUGUUGUGCCCUAGGAGACCAGGUAACACCAGGCUUAGAUCUCGCUGUGUGCAGCUCACCUCUUUACAGUGGACAGCUGUAACAGAAUGUGGCUGCUGCAGUGCCAGCGAUCGUCUGUACUCAUUCCUAUGGCCUUACAGGAGUGUGAAAUGGUCAGAGGUGAAGAGCCCUGCAGGAGCAGAGGGGCAGGACGUGUGGGAUCUUGCUGCCUUGUCCCCGUGGCACAACAUGGUGGAUGGGUUAGGGUGAGUCCCGAGACUCCCAUGGGCCAGAGAAGGGCAAGGGGCACAAUGGUACACAGGAGACCUGAAUGCACAGGAAAGGGACUCUGCUCCUCCUUUCUGCCUGCAGGAUGACUGUGUUUCCUCUCCUCACCCCUCAGCUUUUUACCUGCUGUGUCUUUGUCUCCUAAUGUCAAUAAACACGGAUUUGUUUGUA